CUUAUCACUAAAUAAUAUCAACAAAAAAAUUAUUUUUCUUAGUCGCAAUAUAAACAAUUUUUUUCUCAAUAAAGAAAUACUUUAAAUAAUUCCCAAUAUGGUAGAAAUACGAACCGUAUAUGUCACCGUUGGUAGCACAAAAUUUGAUGCACUUAUACAGACUAUUAUCACAGACAAAGUCCUCAAAAUACUUCAAUCGAAUGGAUGUAAAAAUCUUAUACUACAAAUUGGAAAAGGCCAAAAAGUCAACGAACAGGAUAUAGCCGUCAAAUAUGGCAUGCGAGUGGAACAGUAUGAUUUUAAAAUUGAACCUAAACGUAUGGAUAUUAUAAAUGCUGAUCUUGUGAUUGGUCAUGCGGGAGCUGGCACUUGUUUGGAUAUAUUGACUAAUCGUAAAGCGGGUAUAUUAGUAAUUAACGAUCAAUUGAUGAAUAAUCAUCAGCAGGAAUUGGCUUUACAUAUGAAAAAGGAAGGCUAUUUGGAAUGUUGUACUGUGGAAGAGUUGGAGAAUUGUUUGGAGAAUUUAAAUUUUAACGAACGUAAAUUGUAUGAACCCGGUAAAAACAUGGACAGUUUUGUGGAAUUUAUGGAUGAUUUAAUGGUUAAUUAAAUAAACAAAUUCAUUUGGAUAAAAAUGAAA